AUGGAAACAAUGGCAUAUACUAAGAAAACAUACGAAAAAGAAGUGUUACAAUUACUAGAAAAGUUGCCUUUUUUUGAAGGUAACAUUACAACGGAGCUCGAUGAAGAAUCCACGAAAGAAUCAAUAGAAAAACCUGAAUUUUCACCUAUUGAACAUUUAAUAAGAUACUUUGAAUCAGAAAGUGUUAACAAACAAACAGAGGAAGAGAACGAAGAAGAAGAAGGAAUACAAUACCUUAAUACAAUAGAUGAAUAUGUGAUUCCAAAUAAAGAAGAUAUCACUAUAAUUUGGUUUGAUGAACAUAUUGAUCCAGGUAAUAAAACUAGUAGGUGUUUAAGAAGAAUAUAUAGAAAAAUAAAUGAUUAUAUAUUAUUUUAUAAUAAUCAAAACAAAUGUAUUAAGUAUAUUGAAUCCAUUAUGAAUGAAAAAAUAUUUCUUAUUGUAUCCAGUUUAUGUGCAAAUGAAUUCAUAUCGAAAGUUCACUCAUUUAAAAAAAUCAUAUCAAUAUUUGUAUAUUGUAUCGAAAAACGAAAAUAUGAAUAUUUAUCAAAUCAAUAUAAUAAAAUAGUUGGUGUAUUUAAUAACCAACAAACACUUGUAAAGUUUUUUAAAAAUAAACUUCGAUUAGUAGAAAAACAAUCAUCUAGUUACAUGAUAUAUGAUGAAAAACAAAAAACAUUUCGCACUCCAACUAAAGAAUCAAGUUCAUUUUUAUAUUUUCAAUUAUUUAAAGAAAUUCUUCAAAAAAUGCCACAAACAAAUGAUUCAAAAAAAGAAAUGAUUAAUCAAUGCCGUAGAUAUUAUCAUGGAAAUAGGAAAGAACUUGAAAAUAUUGAACAAUUUGAAUUAACUUAUCUUCCAAAUGAUGCAAUAUAUUGGUAUACUAAAGAUAAUUUUGUGCAUAAAUUAAUAAAUAAAGCAUUAAGAAUAGAAGAUAUAGAUGCAUUAUAUACAUUUCGAUUUUUUAUCGUCGAUUUAUGUUCAUGUAUUACGACUAAUUAUGAAAAAUUAAAAGCAAUAUCAAAUAAUCAAAUUUCAAAUAUGAAACUUUUUCAUGGAUCUAAAAUACCAAAUAGUGAGAUUCAAAAAUUAAAAGACAAUAUUGGUUGUUUAAUAUCGGCAAAUGGAUUUUGGUCAUGUAGUAAAAAUAAAUCCAUAGCAAAAAUAUUUGCUGGUAUUGAUAGUAAUUAUACUAGUAUUGAUGAUAAUCAAUCUGUUUUAUUUGAAAUUACAAUUGAUUUAGGAAUACAAUCAUUUAUUUUCACUGAUAUUUCUGAAUUCAGUGAAUUUCCAGAAGAAGAAGAAGUUUUAUUAUCAUUAGGUACUGUAUUUCAAAUUGAUAGUGUUUUUUAUGAUGAUAUUGAUAAAUACUGGAAUAUUCAAGCAAUACCAUCAGAUAAAGGAACAGAAAUUACUACACAAUAUAUCGAAUAUAAUAGAACAGUAAUGAAUGAAUCAGAUGUUGUCAUUAUGUUUGGUGAUCUCUUAAAUGAAAUGGGUGAUUAUACAAAAUCUCAAAAGUAUUUUGAAAACUUACUAAAAAAUCAACCAAUUCAUGAUUUAAUGUUAGCUGAUAUUUAUCGUUGA